AUGAUUCUUUUGCAGCCCACCUCGCAGGAUGAUCGUAGACUGUGGCUUGGGAAUUUGGACAGUCGAAUCACCGAGUAUCAAUUACUGAAAAUCGUGCAAAAAUACGGCAAAAUUGAAAAGUUCGACAUGCUGUUCCAUCGCUCCGGACCGUUAGCAGGCUAUCCGAGAGGUUACGCCUUCGUGACGUACGAGAACCAUAAGGACUCGGAAGCCGCAUUGCGCCGGUUGGAUGGUAAAUUGGUCGGUGAGAAAACGAUCGUCGUCCGAUGGGCAAAACAUGUUAACCGCGAGGAGGGUGACAGAACGAAACCGAAAAUCGAAAUACCCUGCCUGGCUGGUGGUUCCAAGGGUGGAACUAAUGGGCCAUUAAGUCAACAAACCAAGAUACAAGCACUGGAAGCAAAGCUGAAAAUGUUGGAAAGCAGAUCAGAUGAUCUGGUGAUCAACAAAUCGUCUACCUCGGAACGGCCCAUUAUUGAGCGCUACCAGUACAACAUUAAUCAACCACAGCGGACAGAUCCGAAGAUGAAACGUUCACACCAUACGGCUGGGAGUGGACGUGGCGGAAGUCGUAACGCACCGUACAGAAAUUCGCAUCGCCACAAAUAG